AUGGCGGGAAACGGAUCGCGUGUCGCAAAACGAUCCUUGAAUGCACAAAAGAUCAAGUGCUCGGGGUCUCAGCCCUGCGAUGGCUGCAAUAAACGAAAGCUCACCUGCAUAUUCGAUGACCGCGACCAGAAGAUCCUAGUGACCAGAGGCUAUAUUGAUGAGUUGCAUCAAAAAAUCGCACGCUUGCAGCAGAACGGACAGAUCAAUCCGUCUCUGCUGAGCCCAGAAUAUGCCGAGGAGAGAUCGCCAGAUCCCAAGGACCAACAUGACAUAUCAGAGAUUAUCAAAUCCAGCCCCCAUGAUAAUCAAGACCUGCAGCUCCACCAGGAACUCGAGGACCCGACAUCUGGGUUGACAAACCCCAUGUCGACCGGCCCCCCUGCGUUCAUGUCGGCGGAGAAUGGGAGGACAUUCUACUUAGGGACCUCAUCCAACUGGUCCUUCACGCGCCGAAUAUUGAGUCUCACGCACGAACACAUCUAUCAAGAGCCACUUCCAACGGCAGCCUUGUUGUUCGAUGGCAGAACCUAUGAUCUGGGUUGGGAUGGGCUACCCACAUCACAAAAUCCGGACUACCCCGCGGUUCCUACCCUUGAUUAUGCCCUUUACCUGAUCAAUGUCGUGAGGUUCCGGUGUGGACAACUGUACCACCUGUUCGAUGAGAAUGAGUUCAUGGGAAACCUACAUAAUUUUUACUCGGAGCCGAAGCCCAACACGACGGGUAGCUUCUGGUACAUUCACUUCCUUCUUAUCUUAGCAUUCGGAAAAGGAUUCGUUCAGAAAAAGCUGCAGGGCAACCGACCAGCCGGUGCUGAGUUUUUCGUGAAGGCUCUGCAGUUGCUACCGGACGUUAGUAUCCUUCACAACGAGCCCAUCGAAGCGACAGAGAUUCUCUGUUGUGCUUCACUGUAUCUGCAGGUCUUGGACUGCCGGUCCGCGGCACAUAACUAUAUUGGACAAGCCAUGCGAAUGGCAAUGGCCGAGGGAAUGCAUACACAGAUGCCGAUCGAGUAUCUAGGGGAAGGCAUGGUCCAGAGAUGCCGUAAGAUAUGGUGGACUGUAUACAUUCUCGAUCGUGAGAUGACCUCAUUGAUGGGUUUACCACAGUCAAUCAAUGAUGACCAUGUGAAUACUCUGCUUCCCACCUUUCCGACCUCGGUACAAAGGACAGCUGCCAUCAGCAUGCACAUCAAACUCUCGCGCAUCAUCGCCGAGAUCAAUGGCACCGUUUAUGCAAUUGACGGGCGCUUGAAUCGCAAGUUUCUAUUUCGCACAAAGGCAGCAUUAGCAAAUGUCGCUCGUCUAGCAGAUGAGCUUGGAAAUGCCUUCCCCUUGAAUCUCGAUAAGACGUCCAGCGGCGUCUCUCGAACAUCAGCCUAUCUCCACCUUCUUUAUCAUCAAUGUAUUAUUCUUGCUACCCGCCCACUACUAUUCUGCUUCCUGAUGAUACGAUUCGAGUCCCCCGAAAAUUGUUUGGACGCACUGAACACCUCUCGCAAUGUUCGAAAUUUGAUCCAGAUGUGCAUGGAGUCAUCUCAACAGAUAAUCAGUAUACUGCAUAGCCUUCAAUCGGAAGGUCUUCUUGAAACGUUCCUUCAAUUUGAUCUUGAAUCCGUGUUUGUCUCUACUGUAGUCCUCCUGAUGGGAGCAGCGAUCGACAUGAGAUGGAAUUAUCCCUCAUGGCUCGAAAAAGCCUAUUUAAUAUUCGAAGAAAUCAUUGAAAAUGGAAACUUGAUAGCUAAAUUCCGACGCUCAGAGUUACAGCUCCUGGAUGAGAUGCUGAGCUGUUUCCCCCAAGAUCAACCGCGAUGCUUGUCAGCCCCAGUGUCCUUUCCAAAUAAUGUGCUCAACUCUCCGAUCGCCUCUGUCGCCAGCUCAUUCCCUACUUCUGCCGCGCAGGCCCUGAGCCAUCAGAUCCCGUCGGAUCCCGAGGCCUCUAUUGAAGAUGGGUGCAACUUUACGAGUGGGUUGACGGCGGCCCAAAUCAUGGCUGUGGCAGACUCUAUUGAAAGCAUUGAUACGGAAUGGAUGUCUAACGCGAUGAUUGAACAUAGCAUCUGGUAG